AUGAAUGCGAAUCUUUUACAUUUGCUUUUAGCCAUUGUGUUUACUGCCACUAUUACCGGCAUUCACGCUUAUCGUACUGGUGAUCUUGACAGACCUGUUGAUGAAAGUGACGCAAACGAAGGAAUAAACGACUUCGAUUCUGAAUACGAUGAAGAAAACAGAGAAAGUAACGAAAUCAUUUACAAUGAUUCACGUGAUACAAUGGACAUUUCUUCCGAAUAUGAUAUCGAACAACUCUGUUCAUUAACGGAUAGCCUCGAGCAAUUCUACGAAGGUAACUGCAUGGGUAAUACAAAUCAAUUUGUUAAUGAAGAUGACGUGAACUCAGCAUUCGGCGAGAUGUCCUUCGACAAUCAUCCUGGUGAAAAUGAAGUCAUCGAGAAUCAUGACAAUGUUCCAGAUGAUACAGUGGACAUUUCUACCGAUUUAGACGUUCAUAUACAAGACAUGUGUACAGUCAUAUAUAACUUUUUUCACUUUCAAAUUCAACAAUGUUCACGCAAUUCAAGUCAAUUUGUUAAUGAAGAUGACGUGAACUCAGCAUUCGGCGAGAUGUAUGACAAUGUUCCAGAUGAUACAGUGGACAUUUCUACCGGACAAGAAUGGUUUGAUAGCAUACACUCGCGAAUUCUGUUUCUUUUUUGA